CAUACUCCUAUAUAACAACAAUUAAGGAAGUAAGUGCGUAGCAUUAUAAGUGGGAGAGAAGAGAUUGAAAAAAUGAAAACAGUGAGUGCAGAUCCAGCAGUGGAGGAAAUGCGUGGGAUCGCAAAAUCCUACUACGACUCAGCAACACCGCAAGUGAAGGAGCAAGCAGAGCGCUUCUUCAACUCGAUGGAUCUCGACGGGGAUGGGGAGAUCAAUCUGGUGGAGUUCUUGGCAUUCAUGAGACAACAAGGAUACUACAAGCAGAUGCAGAACAACUCAUUCUUCAAGAUGCUCGACACCUCCGGCCGCGGCACACUGGCCUUCAUGGACGUCAUCACGCUUUAUUACAUCAUCAAAAGCGGCCGCCCUUUCUGCGACUCCUGCCAUCGCUUCAUUCACGGAACGUUCUUCUCCUGCCUCGAGUGUUUCAACCAACUCGGAGAUUCCUUCAGUGUGUGCCCCCCUUGUCAUAAGUCUAAGAGCUAUGACCACAACCACCACGCACUAUUCCUGGACAAUUUUACCCUUCUGCAGGCCACCAAACCUCAUUUACCAAAUACUACUUCUAGUACUACUAUUAAUCAGGAGGCUGCUCAUACUAAACCAACUCAACUGUUGUCAUCAACUGCUGAAACUCAACAACCGUUAUUAUUGGGAAAAGAUGAUUCUGUUUCGACUUCCACUUCGGAGAAGAAGCACGUGAAUAGUGAGGCUGCUAAUACUGAACCAACUGGAAUCUCAGCAACUGCUAAAACUCAACAACCACUAUUACUGGGAAAAGGUGAUUCUGCUUCGACUUCGACUUCUAAGAAUGGCGACACGAAGAGCGAGAAAUCGCUUAGUGUAACCCCGGUCAAAAGUGUAGCUAAGACUUCGACUCCUAGUGCACCAAUCAAGAGCAGCCUUGAUCAAAAUGCAAUAGUUCCAGCAACUAAGACGGUUGCUUCAACUUCAACUUCGAAGAAUGAUGCCAUCACUAUGUACAUGACGAGUGAGAUCUAUAGAGUAGCUCGUGAGCAGACGCGGUCGCCUCCGCCUUCACGGUCGCUGUCGCCUAGUCGUCCUCUAAAUCAGUCUGCUAGUGUAAACGUAGCCAGAAGUGAAUCUAUGACUUCAACGCCCAAUACCAUUCGUGAGAGUCGCCCAAAUCAGCUUGCAAUCGUUCCAGCAACUCAACAGGUACCGUGGAUGAAGGUAGCGAGUGCCGCAUUCAAAGUGUUGGAUGCGAUGGUCGUCGUUAGCAACGUCAUCGGCGUCGUCUCUGCCUGUACAAUCAUGUGAUCAAAUCAAAGGCUUGAUUAUAUUGUCAUUUUACUAUUUUCACGAGUUACAAAUAAAUUACUACAAAGAAUUGGUUAGUAUCAAAAUAAUUGUAACUUUGCGAUUCCUAAAGAAUUUAAGUAUGUAAUUAAGAGUAUGUUUAUGUUAUUCAUACUGAAAUAGCUUUAAUUAA